UUCAGAAACGCUACAGAAGCAACGCAUUUGAAUCUAAACCUUGCUUUAAUUUGUUUUGCAGUUUCAUUGGCUGACAAGAAGUUCAAAUGUCACAAUAAGAUCGACAUGGUUGUCGUUUUAGACAGUUCAGGGAGUGUAACACAGAAACAAUUCAAAAUGAGCAAAGAUUUCGUGGCUGACCUAGUUAAACACUUUGACAUUUCAAAGAGCAAGGCAAAUGUAGCAGUAGCUACGUACAGUCAGUACGCUCACACUGGAAGAACUUUUCAGGAACACGCUACUCUGGAUUCAGUUCUGGGGGCAAUACGUAAACUUAGGUAUGAAGGAGCCGCUAGCAGACUGGACUUUGGAUUUGGAUUGGUUGAGUUUAAACUCUUUGAUACGCAGUACGGAUCAAGGCCAAUUGAUUCUGGUACGUGCCUUACUUGACUGACUACUGGAUAAAUGUUUUAACCUUCUAGGAACCCCGAUUCAUGAAAACGAAAGGUAGGGUAAGAAAAGACAUAGGUAACGCGACGACAAUGAGUAAAGUGCGAGCAAGCCCCGGGAGCAAGCGCACCUAUCCUUCUCUCCUGUUCCACCUCCUUCUGUAGACUGCUAUAACGCGCGCCACAUCCCAAGAGCUUCUGUUCCUAUUUUCGUUUUUCUUUUUUCACUGUCCUCCUCUAUUUAAUUCUUGAUCUUUCUCUAUUCAUUUUCUCUCUGAUGCCCAAUUAAGUAAUUGUCUCGAGAUAUGGCCAGUCUUUUUCCAUUGUCUCGAAUCAACUUUGUCACUCGGGGGUCAUAAUAGGUAGUGCUGAAUUUGUACGAAGGAUUCGCCAAUGAAUGCGUAACUAGCAUUUGUGUGCCUUGUCUGUCUUGGGCACUAACUGUAUUUGAUGCACAAUGUGUACAAUGCGCACCUACCAAUGCCAAUUGUGUUCAGAAAGAAUUGUGGCUUUUCCUUUAUCUCGUUAUAUAUUACAGAUAAAACAGUUUGAAUAUAUACUGACAAUGAUUUAGUUUUUACUCUUGUUGUUAUGCACAGGUGUAAAGAAAGUUGCCGUGUUUAUAACUGACGGAUACAGCACUCGCGGUGUGGAAUUCACCAGCGAUAGUGCAGCUAUGCUAAAAAGGAAAGGUGUGGAGUUAUUCUCUGUUGGAAUUUCUAAUCGCAUUAAUAAAAAAGAACUGGAUGUAUUGGCCAGUGAACCACGCAAAACACAUCAACUCUAUAUGACGACAAAUCUUGGCGGGAACUCUUUCACAAAGGAACAAGUUCAAAACCUUGCAAAAGAGAUUUGUAAAAGCAAAUAA